AUGGACGAGACCGAGAUCACGGCGAAGGAGGAUUCGGAGAUCAACAGCGACUCGUGCGACGAUGACGACAAGGUCCCGAUCACGACCACCACGAAGAACGCCUUGAUAACGACUCAGCUGGGCCCAUGCGACGUCUAUCCGCAUCGCGUCAAAGUCUCGAUCGUGGGCAUAGGGAAGAUCGGAAUGGCCUGCGCCAUCGCGAUACUGAUGAGAAGGUUGGCGAGCGAGGUCUGCCUGAUCGACUACGACGCGAACAAGGCUUCCGCCGAGGCCGAAGACAUUCAGCACGUCGGGGUUUUUUUGGGAAGUCCUCUAGUAACUGGCACGUCAGAUAUCAGCAUGGUGAAGGAAUCGGCAGUAGUCAUAAUUACUGCCUGCGAACCACCGCCCGGCGAGAGUCCCAAUGUAAAGCACAAUUUCAAAAUGUUCAAGACGAUUAUACCAGGCAUCGCACGAUUCGCGUGCAAGUCUGUUCUGCUGGUCGUGACGCAGCCGGCCGAUGUAAUGUCUUACAUCACUUGGAAACUCUCAGGAUUUCCUUCGAAUCGUGUCCUUGGCACAGGAACCCUGAUCGACUCCGUCAGAUUUCAAGAUUUCCUCAGUCGGAGAUUGAACACGGCUAGGAGCUCCGUUAGUUGUAUGACGAUUGGUGCUCAAGGAGAUAUGGCAGGUACUUAAUCAUGUACAGUAACACCUCUUAAUUCGUUAAUCGAAUACUAAAAAUUUUAUGAAAAAUAUUACUUGUCAGUUCCUCUAUGGUCGAGUAUCCAUGUAGGAGGCAUGAAGCUCCGUGACAUAAACCCCAGAAUAGGAGAGCCGGAUGACCCCGAAAAAUGGUACGAAAUUGACGACGCUGUGAAGGGAUGUGGCAAAGAACUGGAUGAAAAGAAGGGUUUAAACUGUUGGGGACACGCUAUCUGUGCUGCUGAAAUCGUCGACGCUAUUGUUAGGAACACGAAAGUCGUCUUGCCAGUGUCAACACAUAUACACAGUUGCGCCCACGGGACGGACAAGGACGUGUACAUGUCGGUGCCCUGUGUGAUCGGACGGGAAGGUGUGUAUUGCACUGUUAGACAGAAGCUGUCCGACCGGGAGAAGUCCGCGGUGCAGACGUGCGCCGACAGCAUCCGAGGCGUGCUGCGAGAAUGUGGGAUAUUCCAGGAGUCGGAAAACGCUGGCGAAGAAUAA